ACACGUUUAAUACACUUUUAUCAGUCACCAUUCAUAAGUGCAUUGCUUGCGGUGCCGUAAAGAAUAUUAUUUUUCAUACGUAAAAAUUUAUAGAAAUGGAUCCUAAUAAUUUAAAGCCUGACAAACGCAUUGUAAAAGAAACAUUGUAUUCAGGUGUAAAAAGAGAAGUCUGCAGGUCAGGAAGUUACGACGAUAAAUACAAAAUUGUUCGGGAAAAUUAUGAGUUACAUCUUUUAUUAAAAGUAAAAAAAGGAGGUGAAGUCAAUAAACUCUCGCCAAAAUUACCAAAAUUACCGAAAUUACCAAAAUUAACGAAUGGCACGAGUUCAUCAAAAGAGACUGUUUCACCAAGACCAAAAGUGGCGACUACUCCCUGUACAAAAGAUACAUGCAAAUAUAAAAUGAGCUCAGGUACUUCUUCAAAAAUAGAAACAUGUGUUAUUUGCUUGAGUAAAUUAGAUAAGGAUAGAUAUCAACUAAAUUGCGGUCAUCGCUUUCAUUCCCACUGUACCAAGAAUUGGCUGGCCCAAAAAAGGACGUGUCCGACUUGUCGAGCUACAGUUUUAUAACUUUAUAUUUUAUAUUAACAAUUAUUUUAUUUGACUUUUAUACUGAUAUGAUUGAGAAUUAAUUAUUUAUAUGUAAUUUGUAUUUUGUAAUUAAUAAAAUUGUCUAGUACAAA